AUGCUGCAAGAGGCGGCGCCGGCCGAUCGAUGGACCGCCAAGAUCUUGGCUUACCCGUGCUUCGAUCGGCAUUUUGUGGAGGCUCUCCUCAGGACACGGCUCUCGAAUCUGCAGCUGGUCCUUGCAAUGGAGGUCGAUUCGCCGGGCAUGUUCGCAGCCAAGGCGUUCGAAUGGACGGCCAAGCUCGCGCCAACAGAGCAUGAGGUGUUCUCCUCUCGGCCACACAUGCUGGAGCAGUUCUGGGUGUUUGUCAAGGCGGCGAUGGGGUUCGGCCGAUGCGAAAAAGUUCCUUGCCAGCGGGACGCGAAGUCGAUCGCCCAGUUCCAGAGAGAUCUGGCGAUCCGUGCCCUGGCCGCACCCGUCCUGGCUAUCGCCGAAAGAGCUGGUGUUCAUGCGAGCCCCCUGUCGAACACGGACAAUGAGAUCCUCUCGGCAGAAGAAAAAGCUCGCCUCCAGCUAUUGGUGUUCACCUCUGGAGCUCCUUCCACGAUGGCGAACCACAUCAGGCGCUUCGAGAAGUUCGAAGCCUGGGCUCGCCGAUCGUCGAUCUCCUUGUACCCGAUCACGAAUGAUACGAUCUUAAAGUACGCCGUGGAGCUCGAUGGUCGGGAAUGCGGUCCGACGGUCAUUCCGUCCCUGCGAAUGGCGCUCGAGAAAGAGGUGUUCACACAAAGGGGGAAGCAGCUCAAGGAAGCGGAUCCGAUUCCCAUUGAGCUCGUGAUGGCAAUGGAAAAGUAUGUGGUCGAUGAGAAUAUGCCAAACCCACCUCGGGUCUUCAUAUGGUGGACGCUCUCCAUGAUCUUUGCCUCCUUAAGGUUCGAUGACGCGAUCCACGUGAAGCCGCACGAGCUCGAGGUCAAGCCCGAGGGUCUGUUUGGUGUCUCUUGGCAGACCAAGAGUGAACGCAAACGACGCGGGACCAAGUUCGUGGUCCCUGACGUGUCGUUCUCGACACACUCUUGGCUCAAGACCGGUCUCAAUCUCUUCGAGAUGAGUUCCCUCUCGUGGAACGAGAUUUCUGGAUACCGGAUCUGGAGUCGAGGACUAUGUGGAGGUCGACUCCGCCAGACUAUGCGCGAUCGCUGCAGUGGUUGCAGCAUUUGGUCUGGCAUGCAGGGAAAGACGCCGGUGCCACUCGAUCGAAAGGUCACGGAUCUUACGUGGCACUCGGCCCGCGUUACAAUGCUGGGUCAGGCAGUCCAUUGCAAACGCACCGUGCACGAGAUCGGAGUGCAAGCGAACUGGAAGAACCCUGGUCCGCUCAUACUCAAAUACACACGUUCGCGGUCAUCGUUGCCAGCUCUUAUGAUCAAGGAUCUGGUCUCUGAGGUCUCCAAGGAUUACGAGCCUGAGUGCGCUCGCGAGGAUGACUCCAUCGAUGACCCUGAAGAUCGUGGUGAUUGUCUCACAGAGUUCUUCAUCAAAGCUCCUGAGAAGGGAACCAGCUAUGAAUGUAAGUUUCAUGUCUGUUCUGCCGAUUCAAUAGAGGAGAUCGCAUGUAAGCGCGAGAUCACCUCUGACUUCGUGCAUAUAGGGUCGGUUCUGCCUGACCCUAAGAUGUUGUGCAAGCUCUGUGCACGAGCUCGACCGGACGUCCUGCGUUCGCUUGCGAACGUUUCGGCUCACAUUGAGCUCGUCCUCAUGGUUGAUCGCACCGUGUACCCAGAUAAGGACAAAGUCCCAGAGCUCGCUUUGCGUCAGUAUAUGCUCUCGGUUGAGCGGGUUGCCAUGCUCGGCGAUACGAUCACCUCGGUCAAGGCCACAAUCAAAGCCAUAGUCGGGGAUGAUUCCAAGUUCGGACCGGACGAUCCCGCCCGAGAGCUCUCCCUUACACUGUUGGCGGCGGUCUGGAAGUCGGCUUCCACCCUGCAAGAACAUGUGGCCAGUCGGCGAGCAAAGAUGGAGGAGGAUCCCUCCAAGAUCCCUGAAAUCCCGGGAGAAGAUCACGCUGAAUUUCGUGAGAUCUUUGUGAACCAGCGCCCGGCACCCGGAUGUGAUCCUCACCUACAUGUGCGAUCGGGACUAUAUGGUCCACGGGGCGGUCGCAUUCUAUGA